CUUGUACCUGUAACCCGCUGGGCACUCUGCCCGGAGGAAGCACCUGUGAUGCGGACACAGGAAGGUGCUUCUGCAAACGCCUCGUGGACGGACAUAAAUGUGAUCAGUGUCUGCCGCAGCACUGGGGUCUGUCCAAUGACAUGGACGGCUGCAGACCAUGUGACUGUGAUCAGGGCGGAGCUGUCAACAACAACUGUGACCCUCACACAGGACAGUGUGUGUGCAGGGAGCACAUGUUUGGACGACGCUGCGAUAAGGUGGAGUCUGGCUUCUAUUUCAUCUCUCUGGAUCACUACACCUACGAGGCAGAGGAUGCCACGCACGGACCUGGUGUGACGGUGGUACCGAGGCCGUACCCUCUGGAUCGCAGUCCUACGUGGACCGGUAUGGGCUUUGCUAAUGUGCCAGAAGGAGCUUACUUAGAGUUCAACAUCGACAAUGUCCCAGAGUCCAUGGACUAUGACAUCCUUAUUCGCUAUGAGCCGCAG